AUGGCCUCGCACGACCAGAACCUGGGCUCGGCUCAUUCCCCAGGGGAUCUUGAACAUCGGAGCGUGAGCCCUUUGCCCCACGGCCAGCAAUAUCAUGAUCCCAACGCUGGUGAAAUAGGAAUGAACCCCGCCAUGUCGGCGUAUCCCACAAACCCCUCCUUCCAGAUUCCCAACGGCGGCAUUGGUGGCGCUGAGGCAUAUGGAUACGCCAACUAUCUCCCCGAGACACCCUCGACACACACAUUAUCCGCGCCGACGGAUCAGGGUUACCCUUCAAACAUAAAUACGAACAAUAUUCCCAUAUCGCAGUCAUUCGAGACAAGCUUGGUCAGUCAGCUGGAACAGUCCGCGACAGGACUCAGGCCGAUGCAGGGCGACGAGAACUUCUCGAAUAUGCUCCACUCAAAUCAGCCGGAACUGGACUUCUCUCUUUACCAGAAUCACAGCCCCAACAGCGGCUCUGCGUCGGAGUACGACUCUUCAUUGUUGAUGGACCCGCAGAUGCAUCAGCGCCAGUCAAUGAACCAAGCGAUCAACCCGGCUGAUCUGGUCAGCCCCAUCUCUAAUCCCUCACCCUCUUCCCAUCCAUCCUCGCAAGAUCAGCAGCACUCGCCUGGCCCUCUCUCCCCUCCAGGAUCCACACCGGGCACAUACUACACCCCCCAGCAUUCACGACACGCUUCGCUUGACCCGGCCACGGCAGCGUACCUGACCGCCCAGCCAAACGCAGAAUGGCAGUCGGUUAUGAACAAUGUUUCCUUCCAAGGCCAUCGGCGCGCUCCAUCGGAAGUGUCUGAGGUAUCGUCGGCCAAUCACUCCCCUUACUUGUCGCAACACGAGUUCGACGGCAUCGAGAACAAUGCAUCGCCUUCUUUGGCUCCCCAAAGCGAUCCAAGCCUCUACGACACUGGAUUAGGGAUGGAGUCGUUCACAUUGUCAGAGCAGCAGCAACAGCAGGGCAUUAGCCCGCUUCACAGCCCGUAUAUCUCGCCACGGUUAAUGCCACAACAGGGAGGUGAGAUGGUGCCAAACAAUUCUUACCUUACGCAAUUCCCUUCGGCGCCAACAGAUAUGUAUGGAAUGUCCCAGGAGGACAUGAUGGGCAUGGGCCAAAUGAACAAUAUCCCAGGCGACAUUGGUCAGGCUUCUCAGAUGGCUCCUCCAUCGAUCAAUGUUGAGUUUGCCCCGCCGUUGCGAAAUCCAACCUUCGACCUAUCUAAAGAGGCUGCCGAUUUCGACUCAUUGAGCCCUCCCGCUAUGCGAUCCCGUGUGCGUAGCAAAUCUGAUCCUUACCACCCUGCUUCUCGCCCACGCUCUCCCGCAACCUCAACGUCGAGCCUGGAGCCCCACGCAUCUGCCACCCCACGAUCAUUGUCGCCCGUCGGAUCGAUUAGCUCGCACUCGCGCAGCAACCCCGGUUCGCGAAAUGCAUCGCCUUCCCGAUCCAACCGACGCCUUUCAACCUCGUCGAUCGAGAAUCGCAAUUACAUCCUCGAUCUCGCUGACCCGCAGCGACCUGGAGCAGCUCCCGGAGAGUCGAAACGAAUCCAAAAACACCCAGCCACCUUCCAAUGCGACCUAUGUCCCAAGCGAUUUACUCGCGCCUACAACCUACGCUCCCACCUCCGCACCCACACCGACGAAAGACCAUUCGUAUGCACAGUCUGCGGCAAAGCAUUCGCCCGCCAACACGAUCGCAAACGCCACGAAGGCCUUCACUCCGGCGAGAAGAAAUUCGUCUGCCGAGGCGAGCUCGCGCGAAGCGGCCAAUGGGGAUGCGGCCGCCGCUUCGCUCGUGCGGACGCUCUGGGCCGCCACUUCCGCUCCGAAGCCGGCCGGGUCUGCAUCAAGCCUCUUCUAGACGAAGAAACCCAAGAACGCGAACGCGUCUUACUCAAGCACCAGCAGCAACAGCAACAAUCACCCUCCGGUCAUCUCCAGCCGGUUCCGCAGCCGCUCGUUAUGCCCAAUAUGCCCGACAUGGAUGGGCAAUCCACGGGCAACUUCGUUUUGCCUGCUGCGCUGCUCGCUCAGUACCCUGCUUUGCAGACGUUGCAGUGGGAUCAAAUUGCGGCUGGUGGUGAUGAGCCGAGUGAUAUUGGUGGGCGGAGUAGUUUUGAUGCUAGCUCUGGUGGGGAGUUUGGCUUUGACGAGGAUGAUUCGGGGAUGAGUGGGUAUGGCAGCAACCAAGGGAAUAUGUACGUCAAUAGCCCUGGUCAGAUGCUAGGGGUCAAUCCGGGGGAUCCUGGGUAUUCUGAUCAAAAGUGGGGUGGUUGA